UCAUUAAUGUUACCAUUACUUGAUCACCAACAUGGAUGGUGUUUAGGUUAUAACCUGUAAACAAAGUUGUCCCAUUCACACCUGAUACAUCGAUAAGUCCACUGAUCGCUACCUGUGUUGACUCUUGGACAAAGCUAAAGCCAUUAGUGUUCACAUUAGUCCAGUUUGCAUGAUUACUUAAUCAGCAAAUCAAGCAAAAACAAAACACGAAACCGGUUUCCAUUGAUUCCAAUAGAAAUGAAAAAACUUCCCUUUGCUUGUCGUUGAUACAACCAAUUUCCUCUCUCUCUCUCUCUUUCUCUCUCCUUCCAGUGGCUGUUGUUGAUCUUUUAGUGGCUCUUUUACUUCUCAUGUUGUUUAUGUGUUCAACUUCACCUUGUUCAUCCUUCUUACCAAUUAACGCCGAUUGUUCUUGCUGAUUACCAAUCAAGUGCAUAUGGAAUUAUUUAGUGAUUACUUUAACCAUAAUUGUUCACUCAUCAUUUUUACCAACACCAUUGGUUUCACUCAACAACAUCUUUAAAAUCAAGACAACAAGAAACAAACAUUGACGUGCUUUUAACCUGUUCGCUGUACAUAAACCAUUCAUGUAUCUAUCCAUUUUCACCAUCUCACCAUCUUCCCUCUAAUUUUUGCCUCUUGCUCUUCAACAUCCAAUUAAUUGUUAAUUAACCUACUUUCUAAUGGAACCAUUGUUGGACAAUUAUCCUCUUCUAAUGAUUUCAAAUCAAACCGUAUAACUAUGAUUUUACCCAAAUCACAUCUUCGCAUUGGAAUCAACUGUCUCUCAAUACUUAUCCUACUUUCAAAUAUCAACUGCCAAAGAGAUGGAAGAAACUUUUCAUUCCUUUCAACUUCAUCUUCUGUUGAAACCUUUGAGGCUCGCAAUAGAGCUGCCUACAUUGACUCAAGCCGGAAUGCUGAUAAAUUCAAUUCAAAUUUACAAAUAAAUAAACAGCCAUCGAGGACACAUUCAUCUUCCUCUCAUCUUGACGCUGAUGGAGUAUCAGCUAAACAUGAGCCCAAAAUAUUGGACGAAAGGCAGGAAAGACCCGAGAAAAAGGAAAGGCCGAUGAAAAAUCAAAGAGAACCCAUUCUUGGUAUUGUUAACGAAGGUUCCCAUGAAAGAGAUGAUGAUAGAGAUCCGGUUAAUGAUAGAGAAGAUGACAAGGAAAUUAGAAGAGUGACUGAGAGUUCCAAAAAUCGCCCACAAGAUAUUGCUGUGACAGGAUCAUCUUUGUACUCUGGGGAAGUAUCAACCAGGACAACUGUUAAAAAAAAGAAUCGAUCGACUCGACCUCCCUCCGGUCCUAGUUCAUCGUCUUCUGUAACACCAACAGGAUCACCAUUAGAAUCGGUUGAUCAUCAUGUUAAUACUCAUAUAAUUCCAACACAAUCAUCUUUGUCUACACAUCGUCCCAGCACGGUUUCAUCUACAAGACCGGGACAAACGAAUAGCAAUUUUGCGUCAAUCAAUGUGGCCAAAGCCCCGAAAGAGACUCACCCAUUUUUAUCAUCUCAUUCUUGUGGAGGAAAUAUUACCCUUAGUUCAUUGACUACUUCAAUUGUUUCCCCAGGUUGGACUGAGGGUAACAAAUACCCACCCAAUGUUGAAUGUGUUUGGAUUAUAUCAACGGUUCGAUCACAUUUCACCAACAAAGAACCAUCCAUUCGUGUCAAAGUGAAACAUCUUGAAAUUGAACAGGAUAAAGUUGACUGUCCAUAUGAUUAUCUUGAACUUCGUGGUUAUAAAAAACUUUGUGGUUUCAUUCUGAAUAAAGAAAUUCUCAUCAAUAGUUCAAGUUUAGUGAUUGUUUUUCACACAGACUCCAACUAUGAAGAUCGUGGGUUUGAUCUGGAAUUAUAUUCACAGGUGGAUGAUUGUACUCCAGAAGUAAAGGCAUCCAGUUCAGGUGAAAUAACUUCCCCUGGGUUUCCCAAAAAUUAUCCAGAUUCAACCGAUUGUUGGACUUUGAUUAACGCAAAUACCUUUGUUAAUGGUGCGGAAGCCAUUGGAUCCAGAAGCGGUGGAGGUCCUGAGAAUCUGACCAUUUCAGUGAUAUUCGAUUUUAUUGAACUGGAACCUGACGAUCAAUGUGCCUAUGAUUUUGUUGAAUUUUUUGAAGUUGAUAGAGUAACUAAAAAGCCCACUAAAAGUUUGGGUAAAUUUUGUGAUGAAAAGUCCAUUAAUAAACUUGAUCGCUCCACUGAUUAUAUGCCAGAUGCUAGGGCAACAUCAAAUCAACAUUCCCUUGUCCGCCAUCAUAGUGGUCCUUCACCUUCACCUUUAUCUUCAUCAUCAUCAUCAUCAUCAUCUUCUUCUUCACCAUCCUUAACCAAUAAUAAUUUUAAAGCUAUCCAUGCCAAAGGACCUUAUCUUUUGGUUCAUUUUAAAUCUGAUCAACUUCUUAAUUUAAAAGGUUUUAAAGCUUCAUACAAGGUCGAAGCAGCUCUUUCAAGGUCCUCCAUAUCUGACUGUGAUUGGAUUCCCGAUGAAACAGCAAUGACCUUAUCAUCACCAUUGCAUCCUAAAUCUUACCCACCGAAUAAAGAUUGCUCACUCAUUUUAAAAUCUCCCCGUCCUGAUCAAAAGAUUGUCCUCAUCUUUGAAUCAUUUCACAUGGAGAUUGAUAACAAUUGUACCUUUGAUCGUCUCGAGAUUUAUGAUGAUUAUGCGAUCAGCGAACCUUCUCAUAGCACUUCCACCAAUAAUCAGCCACCAGAUAGACACGGAGGCCCAAUUUAUCUAUCAUCUAGUCUACAAUCCAAUGGUAUUCCAAUGUCCAAGGAGCCAACUAAAGUUUUCUGUGGUCAUAAGUCAUCUAAAUUUAAAUACCUUUCGGGUGGACCAGUUUUGAGACUUCGAUUUGUUUCCGAUUCUCUUGGUGAAUAUCAAGGUUUCUUUGCUCGCUAUAACUUUAUUCAAAGUGACUCUGAUGAACCUCCGAAACCAGUUCAAUUUUUCACUGAAACUCCUCAAAAUGCAUCAAUUAUUCCUGGUUCAUCGCAUCUCCUCUCAUGUCACCCUGUAAAUUCACCUAAUCGCUUCCAAAUCACUGAAAAUAAGAAAAAUACGCACAAUAACAACAACCCUGAUAAUGCCAACAACAAUAAUGAUGCUGUUAAAAACAUUUUAUGGUUCAAAGAUAAUCAGCUCAUUACUGAUGGUGUUUCUGAGAACGGCACUAAAUUGUUGAUUCGAGAAUUUUCUCAAUCAGAUGUUGGUCGUUACACUUGUAAAUAUGGUUCAGCCACGUCAGAAGCAUGGUUAAGAGUACAAAACACUGAUUGUCGGAUUAUAUUUCGCAAAAGACCUCGAGACAGUGUAUUAUCUGAAGGAGAGUUUACAAUAUUUGAGUGUAAUGCCAUUUCAUCCAGCCUUUUAGCCAGUAAAGUAACCAUCACUUGGACCAAAAAUGGUAAAAAAGUGGUAAACAAUUCUCGAGUUGAUAAACUUAAAAAUGGUUAUUUGGUUAUCAAUGGGGUAACCAAGGAAGACAGUGGCCAUUAUUUUUGUGUGGUUCGACUUGAAGAUGACCCAAGUUGUACUUCACAGGCUGGUGCUCGCUUAGAUGUUAAUGUACGUGCCAAUGUGGAAGAUAUCUGUGGCAAGCCAAACCUCGCACUGCCUUCUAAACAAAAGCCACUUCUUGAUUCAGCGGGUAAAAUUGUUGGUGGAGUUGAUGCGCAAAAAGGUGCUUUUCCAUGGCAAGUAAUGUUUUGGGAUGUUAACCGUAAAUCGUUUUGUGGUGGAGCUUUGCUCAAUGAAAGAUGGAUUGCAACUGCUGCUCAUUGUUUCACCCAGAACAAGUAUAGUCCACCGCCGCCACCACUCGACACAAUUGUUGUUCGUUUGGGAAAAUUUGAUCAAAAAGAAACAGAAGAUCAAGAAUUGAAUACAAAAAUUCAAGAUAUCAUCAAACAUCCUGAUUACAACCCGGAAACAUUUGAUAAUGAUUUAGCCUUGGUACGAGUUAGAGAUCACAUAAUAUUCACUGAUUACAUUAAACCUGUUUGUGUUGGAUUAUCAAAGUCUAUCGUUGAUGGACUUUUUUUCACGGAUAACCAUCGAGCUAUCAAGAUGGGUCAUGUCACUGGUUGGGGUCAACUCAAAGAGAAUGGACCUCAACCCCGUUACCUACAAGAAUUACGAAUGCCAAUCGUUGAUCACGAAACCUGUAAAGGUGCAACGUCAUUUGCUGUUACCCAUAACAUGUUUUGUGCUGGUUAUGCUCAAGAAAUAAUUGGCGAUGCUUGUAAAGGAGAUUCGGGUGGACCUUUUGUCGGGGUUUCCGGGGAUCGUUGGUACUUGUUAGGCAUUGUUUCUUGGGGAGAAGGUUGCGGUCGCACAGGAAAAUAUGGUUAUUACACCAAAGUUUCCAAUUACAUUGAUUGGGUUAAAGGCCUAAUUAAACAUUGACCUACAAUACUUACGCUUAUCUUAGCUAAACUGCUAAAUUGGGCAAAUUAUCAGUUAAUUCAGAGAAAGAUUGCUGAACAAACUGAAACAAGAUUGACUUUCGUCUAAUCAACUACUCAAAUGAUCAAAUUUCUCCAUUAAUUGUUUCCAAUUUUAUCAUUGUGGUUAAAACAUAUAACUGCUAAAGUCGACGAAAACUACGAAAAUGGUGAGACACGAGAUUCAAAAAUCAUAAUUUCUGUGAACCUGGUCCUUCACUGAUUGUAACCUGUUAUUUAUUACGUAUUUCUGGAAAACCAAGAGCUUUGUUGAGACCAGAGAGUCAUCAAACCUACGACUCAUAGGUGCUCAUGAUAAAUGUACACAUUUUAUUGUGUUUAAUACAAAACCAUUUCCAGGCUGAGACUGAUACAUUUCAAGUCUUGCUCUUUUAAUGUAAAAAAUGGUCGGAAAUGAUGAAGAAAAAAAUCUUGCAGUGAUAAUUUCAUACUUAAUAAUUGAUUCGAUUGUUUCGUUAUUUUUCAGUGUCCUGGCCAUGAGUUGACCAUAAUUGUACUAAAUAGGAAAUACAUCACAAAUAUAUGCCAUUAAUCAUCUAUAAUAAUUCAUUGUGAUAGACAUUUUUACUCUUGAUUUUUAUAAUAAAUAUUUAAAAUACCCAA